AUGAAACGCAUAUUUGGUUCACUCAGCAAGCGGUCCACGUCCUCGCUGGACAGCCCCGCAUCGUAUCCCGAUGACUCUCCGGAGGGUGUCAUCUUAAGAGAAGUGAAUGCCUUUUGCGAAGCGGGUGCUGGCCCCGGCAAUUCCCAAAGUAAUGAAUUCGUUCAUCUGCCGGGUAUCGUCGAAAGCGCCGAGUCCAGUCCCAAUGCCGCCCGGGAAGCCGCCCAUCGCAUUCGCAAAUUGCUCUCGGACACGGCCGCCACGCCGCCGGCCAAUGCGCAGUACAAUGCGAUCAUGCUGAUUCGCAUCCUCAUCGAUAACCCCGGUCACACGUUCACGCGCAACAUCGAUGCCAAAUUUGUCGCAACCGUGAAGGAUCUCCUGCGACAGGGGAGGGACCCCAAUGUGCAACACUUCCUGCGGGACACUCUGGACACGUUUGAUACGCAGCGACAAUGGGAUGAGGACUUGACACUGCUUCUACAGAUGUGGAGGAAGGAAAAGACGAAACUCACGAGAAGCAACAGUGGUAGCACUUGGCGGUCUCAGCCUUCGCCCCAACCACAGGGUUCCCGAUCGAAUUACUUUAAUGUUCGACAGAAUAAUUCAUCGCUCCCACCCCCGGAUGAGUUGGCCGCACGUGUUUCCGAAGCCAAGACGUCGGCGAAGCUCCUUAUCCAGUUUGUGCAGUCGACUCCGCCCGCGGAGAUUCUGGAGAAUGAGCUUAUCAAGGAGUUUUCCGAUCGGUGCCGGGUGGCAUCCCGCGCCAUGGAGAACUACAUUCAUUCGACCAACCCAACGCCUGACGAGGAUACGCUGAUGACGUUGAUCGAAGCGAAUGAUGAAUUGUCGGUGGCUCUGUCGAAGCAUCAGCAUGCCAUUCUCAAGGCUCGCAAGACCCUGGGCCAAGGCGGGAGCCAGUCGCCUUCCUCGUCGGACGAUGCAUCGGCGUCGGGGGCAUUGCGGCCGGUCCCUCCACCACCCCCUGUAUCACAAUGGCAAGCGCAGAGUCCUCCUGGACCCUCCGCGGCACCGGUGCCACCACCUGCAGCGCCGAUGAUGACCCCUGCAGCAGGAUAUCCACCGUCGGCAAGCAAUGGCGCUGGACAGCAUGAGUAUCGGUCCGAGGAUUUCCAAGUCCAGAACCCCUUUGCGGAUAACUUCAGUUCGCCUCAUCCUGUGAACGCACCGACCCAUGCAGAAACUUCACGGAUGGAUGGGCCGUCAAACGACUGGUGGAGCGACCCCCAGCAACGGCCUAUCCAACGAACUUGA